UCGACGCGUCUUUUUCCGGUGAGACUCCAAACAAGCUCAGACAUGCCUCUUGCAAAGGAUCUGUUGCAUCCCAGCCCUGAGGAGGAGAAGAGGAGACACAAGAAGAAACGUCUCGUCCAGUGCCCAAAUUCAUAUUUUAUGGAUGUCAAAUGUCCAGGUUGCUACAAGAUCACCACCGUGUUCAGUCACGCACAGACUGUGGUGUUGUGUGUCGGCUGCUCCACAGUCCUCUGCCAGCCUACGGGGGGAAAAGCUCGCCUUACAGAAGGAUGUUCAUUCCGGAGGAAACAACACUAACUUGGAUAUGAGCGACGGAGUUGGUAACGACGCCAACGGGGAAGGAGUGGGGAGCAUGAAAGAAUGUGAUGCUAGUCUAGCCAAGCAUUAUGCAGAUAAAGGGACCUUUCUGCCACACAAAUCAAUAUAUUCUCUUACGAUAAACCCAGUAGGUUUGUUUCCUGCAUGAGAUGAAUUAAAUCAAGGUGUACUGAUCUAUCAGGGAAAGACACAAAAGCACAGCACAUGUUCUUAAUAAUUAACAGAUCUGAACCAUUUCAAGGAAUGGUGACACACUGUGGCUUAAUUUGCUAAUUACAAUUCUAUGCCUUGUGUAUAAAUCUGUAUAAAUCCUAAUGUGCGUUCGCUUAAUUGAUAUUUUUUGCUUGUGAAUGUUUGCUUCUAAUGAAAAGUUUUUAUAAAGUUGCACAAAAUCAUUAGCUGUAAUGUGUGAGAGGAAUCCAAUUUACUAAAAACAAUUUAUGCUGUUAAUUGUUGCUAUAAUUACUUUUUGUGUAUGUGUGUGCCAUGUUUAAUGACCAAAUUUUACAAAUAAAUCCUGAAUAAAGUUGUCCAUUCAGUGUUCAUAAUACAGUGGUGCAUCCAAAGUAGCCCUUCUGUGACGGUACAGGUAGAUUGUAGAGUGAAGCCGGCACCCAGUGCACAUUUGUAAGUAUUGCUUGAAUAUUUUGCAGGUAAAAUGUGUGUGUAAUAUUUAAUUGUAUUGCCCAUCAUAUUGUGCUGAAAAGCUGGGAUGCUUUCCAAUGCUGCCUGUUCUUUGUUGACAAAUGUGCAUAUUUAAACACAUUUAUUGUAUUCUUGGCUUAAAGUAUACAUUAUUAAGCAUACAAGUGGCCAAGUAUAAAUACAAAGCAUUCAGAAGAUGCAUUUAAAGAUGUGAACUGUAGUAUUCUACAGUGGUCACUAGGUGUCAGUAAUGUUGCUGUAGUGAGCAGUGUAUUGUAGUUCUGAGCUGCUGUUUAGCGAGUGUGUGCUAUGGGGGGCAGACGUUCUGCAGGCUGGGUUAGCUAACUUUUAGGAAAUAAGUCCGGAGACGAGAACUAAGUGUUGAACUGGUCAUGUUGUAUUUUAUAUGACGCAGUAUCUGCGAUUUCAAGAAAAAAUCGUAAAUUUUUGAGAAAAGUGGUAAUAUUACUUUUGCCAAAUGUCACAUAAGUGUCCCCUUUUCAUAGUGCCUGUUAAAAAUUAAAAUAAAUUAAAAUAAUUUCAGAUUUCAAGAAUAAAGUUGUAAAUUUAUGACAAAUUCUUAAAUUUACGAGAAAAACUCAUUACGAGACUAAAGUGGUAAAUUUAGGAGAAAAAACUAGUAACUUUGUUACAGGCAUUGCCUGAGACAGCUAUGAAAAGGAGGAAUUUAUGUGACCUUUGCCCUUGGGCAUGUGGAGGUGGUGGGGUAACGAAGGCGGAAGUGAGAGGGGCUAGACAUGCUUAUCUGUGCUCAACUGCUCUGUUUUGCUGCCACGUUAUAAAUAAAAGCUUGCCUUGAAGCAAGAGGAAAGCUUCCUUCCUUUUUGAAGAGCUAUGCUCUGUUUUCACUCUGACACGUAUGCCGCUCAAUAUUACCACUUUAUUCUCGGAAAUUUACGACUUUACUCUCAUAACGACAUUAAUCUCAAAAUCUCCGAUUUUUUUUUUCCAGUGU